AUAUACAAACAUAAAAUAUAUCCAGCGUGUUAACAGAAAAAGUUCUUUGUUUGGCCUUCAUUGUCUUAAAAAAUUAAAGUUAUACCACAAAUAAUUGUACUAUUGAAUUUAAUGUAGCCAUGGAGCUGUAUUUGCAUACAAAUAAGGAUCUCAGGUGUGCACGCCGUAGAACCUCUGGCGGUAGUAUUACAAGUGCGUUGUGUCCAGCGAACCCCACCUGGAGCUCUGACAAUGAUGAAGUCAUGCUCACUGCGGAAUGUCUAAUGCAGCCACAGGCAGGCUCAGUUUGGAGCUCAAAUCCCGAAACAGCGGCGAGCAUGAAGAUCUUUACAUCGGUAAUGCUGCAUGCCUGGCGCCAAAGGCGAGCCGAAGUGCGCAAUUUACAGUCUGAGGUAGAAAAUCUUCAAAAAAGGGCAAUGCAACGCAAGAAUGAGCUGCAUGUCUGCAAUACUCUGAUGCGUGUUGAGAAGAAACGCUGCCAGGAGCUUCAGCUGCAAUUAAACCAUUCCAAUCUGAGCAUUAAUCAAGUGCGUAGCUCCUGUGAGAAGUUGUCCUCGUCUUUGGUUAACUUGAGUGCCGACAAGGAAAUGCUUGAGCGCGAAUUAGAUCAAUGCAAAGAAGAGUACGAGGACUUGCAUCUGGUAUUCAAGAAAAACAAAGAUGAGCUACUCAAUGCGCUGUUGGAUCAACGCAACUUACAACAGCAUUUGUGUCAGGAGCAGCGCACCAUUUUGCAGCUAACAAUGGACAAGGACCACCUCAUGGACGAACUAUCAAAAUUACGCAAAUCUGCAGACGAUUAUGAAAGAAGAGAGCAUACCUACAUAAUAGAAUUGUCGCAGAAAAAUGAAAUGUUUUCGAAUAUGCGAACUACCAUUGAGGAAUUGGAAACGCAGAUCAGUGAUUUAAAAAGGAGCAGCAAUACUGAGCUGGCGAAGCUACGUGAGAUGGAAAAACUAAAGGGUCUCGAGCUAGUUACGCUGCGUCAACAACUUGAGAAUCCAAAGAGUUCCAAUUGUCAGUCCAAUCUGCUUAGCAAGACAGCUCUACUAACCCGAGAGUACAGUCUUAGUCAAGUCUGGACGCGCAUUUAUUACUACACAACUAAUGCCGUAUUCUUCCUGUGGUUAAUACUGCUGCCAAGCAAGUCGGUUAGAAAUGGCUGCAUGCCUCCCACACAUAGCAUACGCUAGCACAAAAUAAAUGUGUAUUUGUCUA